AUGUCCGAGCUCGAAAAGAGACCCAACGUCACCCUGCUCCAGCUGGACGUCACGUCUACGGCGGACCUGGCCUUUGCCGUGGCAGCUGUGAGAUCCGCGACGGCGGGGAAGCUGGAUUACCUUGUCAACAACUCUGGACGGCAGUAUUGGAUGCCGCUGCUGGAUUCGGACCUCGAUGAGGGAAAGGCCUUGUUCGAGGUCAACUUCUGGGGGGUGCUGAGAACGAUCCAGUCGUUUGCGCCGUUGUUGGUGGCCGAGGAGGGUCAUGCCGACGGUGGUGUGGUGGUCAACAUCGGGUCGAUCGUGGCGUCGCUGUAUACGCCUUUCUCCAGCAUCUACAACGCCUCCAAAGGCGCCAUCCACGUCUUCUCCGAGUCGCUGCGCCUCGAACUCGCGCCCUUGGGCAUCAAGGUCCUCACCGUCGUGACGGGCGCGGUCGACACCCAGAUCUCGACAAACAGCCCCGAGCCGAUCUUGCCCGACACCUCGAGAUACCACGCCGCGCAGGAACACCUGAAUAAGCUCGUGUCGUCGGAUGAUGGUAUCAAGAGGACCAAGGCCAGUGACUUCGCGGACACAGUCGUCAAGGACAUCCUCGCUGGUGCCACGGGGAAGUUGUGGAGGGGCACGUAUGCUGGUAUGGCGAGAUACCUGCCGGGUUUGCUUCCGAUGUCUGUGCUGGACGGUCUUCUCCUCAACGGGACGGGCCUGGAUAAAGUCGCGGCUGAGGCGAAGAAGGCGUCGUGA